GGCAGUGCUUGGAGCCAUGAGCUGUGCCUGCCAUGUGGCCUGCACACGCUCGUGCCACCAGAAGAGCAUUCAGGGGGUGUCUGUCAGGGGAGCCCAAGCCCAGCUUCCACCUCCUUUCCUGCCUGGAACCCCCCCAUGCAGCCACCCAGGUGGCACCAGCACAGCCGUGCCCAGCACCCGGAACCAGGGGCUCUGUGACAUCGGCAUUGGUGCUGAGGGCUCCGUGGGCAACGCGGGCACCACACCACGAUCAGCUGCUGUGUUGGUCGUGACAAGCCCAGGGCAUGAGCAGCUGCCUCUUGCCACAGGGAGUGAUGAAUGUGCUGCCCCUCCUCCUGCUGCUGGCUGUGUGCUGGCCUGUGCAAGGCACAUCAAGCAACUGUGUGACCUGUGGGCUCCGGCCCAUGGCCGAUCACUACGGCAUGAUGCGCGUCGUGGGUGGCACGAAUGCCCAGCCAGGGGCCUGGCCCUGGAUCGUCAGCAUCCAGAAUCCCUGGUAUUCAGGCGUUGGGCAUGUAUGUGGAGGGUCCCUCAUCAGCCCACAGUGGGUCCUCACAGCAGCACACUGCUUCGAUAAUGCAAGUUAUGUCAUGAUGUGGCGUGUGGUGAUCGGUGCCAACCGGUUGACUCAGCUGGGCCCUGAGGUUGAAGUGCGCAAUAUUAAGCGGCUGGUGAUUCAUGAAUACUAUAGAAAUAUCAAAACAGGGCACGACGUUGCACUGCUGGAAUUGGACCAACCUGUCCAGUGCAGCCAAUAUAUACAACUUGCCUGCGUGCCUGACGCCUCACUGAGAGUGUCAGAGCUGUCAACCUGCUACAUCAGUGGUUGGGGUUCCACACAGGAAAGAUCUGGACGAUCUCCUGAUGUCCUGCAGGAGGCCAUGGUCCAUCUCAUUGACAUCAAACUCUGCAACAGCAGCCGGUGGUAUAGAGGGGCCAUCAAGACCCACAACUUGUGUGCUGGUUAUAUGCAGGGUGGCAUCGACACCUGCCAGGGUGACAGCGGUGGUCCUCUCGUGUGCAAAGAUAACACUGCUGACUACUUCUGGCUCGUUGGUGUGACCAGCUGGGGGACAGGCUGUGGUAGAAUGCAUCGGCCUGGAGUAUACGCCUCCACUCAGCACUUUUACGAAUGGAUCCUGGUACAGAUGGGACUGCAUCCAGCGGAAGAGGCUAUUUCAACACCACAGCCAGUCUUUGUCUCAACCACUGUUCACAGGCCAAGACCAAUACCAUCACAAUCAUCAGGCCCAUUUAGAUCAUGUCCAUUUCCACGCCAGAAACUCCUGGAAUUCUUUAAUUUGUUGCAGGAACUCCUGCAGGUUAUAAGGGGAAAUAAUGCUUGAGCAGCAGGCUGAGCAUGAUCGAGUGCAGGCUACAGUGUACUAUAACCAUUUUCUUCAGGGGCAGUAUCUGGUGAUCCAAAGGCAGCCCCAGUGCCAAAGGCCUGCUCUGUCCUGCCCACUCUCCUCUAGUUUUACUUACUCAAAUAUACUUAGUUCAAGAAAUAAAGCUGCCUAUUUUCACAGCUAACCAUGCCUCAUCCCAAUUCAAUCUCCUGUGCAAGGCAAGGAUUUCCAUACUUGGCACCUGCAAAAUAUGCAGACCAUAGGCCACAAAGGGGAAAGAAAGUGUCACCCGAAAAGGCUGAAGCCAUGCCUGCUGAGGGAGGAGGGUGCAACGGGACAAGGGAAUGCAGGUAGUACUGGCCCAGAGGUCUCAGGGACAGCAGCUGGCAACAUCAAGUAUCCCCAGAGCCAGCUACUGGUGGGAUCUGUGUGUGUGUGUGCGCACGCAAUGCAUCUGUGAACUUAAAGGUGGACUAGCUCAUGCAUCAGGAGACUCAGAUCAGGAAAGACCCAAAGCCUGCCUCAAUGAGUGGCUGAGGAGCUUGACAUCCAGCCACAGCUAUUACAUGGACUUAAUUCCCAUGCUAUUAUUUGAAGGCUAUAUAAAUCUGCUCUGCUUAUGGAGUGAAGCUGCAUGCGUAUUUCCCCACUGAACACCAGUCCUGAUAACUUUGGAGACAGAAAAUUACUGGUUUGUGUUCAUGAUCAUCUAAGUGGUGCUUAUGUUUACAUGAGUGCUGGUAAGGACAUUGUUCUACCAGUGUUAAUCUGUUUUCCAUCUGAAUAUGAGAGGGCCCUUCUUUACUGUGAGGGUGACAGCACUGGAACAAGUUGCCCAGAGAGGUUGUGGAGUCUCCUUCUCUGGAGAUAUUCAAAACCUGCCUGGAUGCCAUCCUGCGCAAGGUGCUCUAGGUGAUCCUGCUCGGCAGGGGGGUUGGACUAGAUGAUCUUCAGAGGUCCCUUCCAACCUCCACCAUUCUGUGACUGUGUGAUUCUGUUUGCCAUCCGCUUUAAUGGUAUAUGUCUCUGUGUUCUUGUACCUGGCUCUUUGGAAUGCACACUACAUCAUGCAUGGGAACAGGAGCAGCCACAUCCAUCAGCCUGGGAUGGGAGAAGCCUCCUGGGUGUGAGAGUCCACCCGAUUAAAUACUAGAGGACCUGAAAGGAGAAAUUUCCUAUGUCCAGAAGUCUACCGAUCUAGUUGCCCCAUAACAGAAUGG